AUGUCCUUCCUUGUUCUGAAAGCAGCUUUGCUCGUACUUUUCAUGGUGGUUGGCGGUUACAGCAAUGGACGCGUCAUUCACACCGUACUGGUGGCAGAUGCUCUUCGUCCCGUCCUAAACCUGUUGGUUGCGAGCUUGAGUUUUGCCGAUUUUCUAACGUGCGUUUUCAUCAUGCCGUUUUCCUUUGUUUCACUUGUCUCCGGUCACUGGUUGUUUGGUUCCAUCUUUUGUAGCAUCCAAGGCUUACUUCUCCUCUAUUUUGCUCACGUUGCUGGCCUAAGUACCUGCGCUAUUGUCUAUGAAAAAUAUCUGGCGAUCUCGCGCAGGCGUUUUCCUAGUUUAUCGUACCGCAAGGUAGGUGUUCUUCUCUGCAUCGCCUGGAUUUUCCCAGUGGUGGUAGUGGCACCCAUGGGCCGUCAUCAUCUCUCUUACUCUCGUCCAGCUGCGGUAUGUCUAGAUACCUAUCAGGAAGAUAAAAACUGGGGCAAAGUAUGUUUUGCUAAAAAUACCAUAGAGGCAUCCUUAGGUUUAUUUCUCGCACUGUUUUCGUUUUGGAAAAUCCUUGCUUAUCUUCUUCCCAUUCGACGGCGAAUUAGUCCAGAACUUCUAUCGAUCGAGGAAAAACUGACCGUUGCUGCGCAUAUGCGCUCGGCUUGGACCACAAUUAUUUUUGUAUUUAUCUACACGAUAUUGACGUUACCAUUACAUGUAGCCCGCACCAUUGACGUACACCGGAAAAUUAAUGGAAAACUCGGGGUUAACGAUAACAUAAUCUCAGCCUUCCUGUGGCUUUACUGGCUUCAGUGUGCAAUAAAACCGGUUAUCUACGUUGCGCGGAGUGAGCGCUGCUCAUGUUGUUCCUGGCGGUUCUACCGGAGCGAAGAAAACGAGGAGCUGGUUACUUGUUUCUGGAGAGGAAAUCGUGCUAGCACCUAUAAAGUGAAUGAGGUUUCUUCAGUAAAUAAUGGAUCUAAUCUCCCUGAUGAUGGAAGGUCGGGUCAGGUUUUUCCAUCCGGAGAAUUUCUUGACAUCUGUAGGAUUCCUAGAAUGUCGCUUACCAGCCAAACAGCGCUACCUCGCUAUAGCCAGAAUGUUCAAGAUGAACCCACUAUCACUGGUCAAACCGUAAGCCAUUCUAUGGGUAUGAGGGAAGAAUUAAUCAUGAAAUCAGAUGUCAAGAAAAGCGACGACGAAGAUAGUAGUGACGGCAGAAAUACCAUUCCUGUGGUUGUUUGCCACGAUGCAGUGGAAUUAGAGAAUAUCGAGCGCUUAUUCGAUGAAGCCUUGCAAUAG